AUCAUCAUCAAAUGUAAUGGAUUUAGUUGUUAAUGUUGAGGAAAAUGUUCUACUUGAAUGUAAUCAUAAUGAUGAUGAAGAUGGAUCAUUAUCAUAUCAAUAUAUUUGGUGUCGAUACGAACUAACAAAUGAUUGGUCAAUACAAAGUAAUCAAUCAUUAUUAUUCAAUCAAAUUCAUCAUACGACAAACAAAAAGGUCAAUGAGAAAAUAGCAGUGGACAAUCAACAACAAAAGAAUAAGUCAAACAUAGUGAAUCAUCAAACUUGUUUCAAUGGUGAUCGAUAUUUGAUUGUGAAUGAGAAUCAUAUUUCCACCAUUAUUUAUCGUUGUGAGAUUCGACAACAACAACAAACAAAUUCAAUCUUGUUGGAAAGAAAAAUAUUCAAACUUUAUGUGGAUCAAUUUUCAAUUGUUCAUAGAAGCAACAAACGAGCUGUAAGAGAAAUUUCUCGAAAGAUACCUGGCAGCAAGAAAAUACAAUAUCGUGCCAAUUGUUAUCAUUCAGCACCACCACGAUGUAAACCAUAUGCAACAGUGGAAUAUGCCCAAUGUACAAGAAUUGAAUUGAAAAUUCGUUAUCCAACCAAUCAAUAUGGCUAUAAUCAUUCGAUUGAUUAUUGGGGCACCAUCAAUUGCAAUGAUAAUGAUGUUAUUGGAUAUCAGCUAUGGCUUAUUGGCUAUGGAAUUGUUAAGAAAUUUCGUUCAAAUGAACGGAUUAUAAUGAACAAUCUGAUACCGGGUAAACGUUAUUGUUUUAAUGGAUGGGCAUAUAAUUCAUGUGGACGUGGACCAGUAUUUACAUUGGAAGGUGUUUGUGCUAUCAACAAUCAGGAUUGCCAUGUUAAAUCAGAUGAACAUUGUGAACUUGAUGUCGAUUAUUCGUGGUGAAAAUUCAUCAAAACAAACACAAUUCUAAUCAUAUA